ACGUUAAAAUAUGUAUUCUAUAAUUUCGUUGGUUGCACUUUGCUAUUGUUUGGCUCUUGACGUCUGUAUCCCAUUUCUUUGUUAGAUGAUUUAUCCAUAAGUGUAAUAUCUUAGUUUUUGUUCGCCUCCAUACGGUAUAGAGGGACUCAUUUAAAAUUGUACCUCGAUAGUAACAUUUUAUUAUUUGUAUUAUGCCCUGGUCGAAAAGGGUAGUAAGGAAGGGUAUUUCUAUGAAAUUUUACUUCUAUUGCCGAUUCAAGAGUUCGAGUUAUGGAAGGAAAUUUGUACGAAAUUUCAUGUAUAAACGCUAUUGCCAAUUCCAAAGUUCGAGUUAUGGAGAUCUUCCAGUUAUAGAAGUUCCACUGUAUUUCUCCACCUAAAAAAUGGUACAACAAUAUUGCGCAUGAUUAAGAGAACAUUUUAGCGCAGGCCAGGAAUUACGCACUAUUCUAUUGGCUUUUUUAUAACUCUUAGCUAAUAUAAAGUGCCCACACAAAAGAUUUUGUUUGGCUUAUAUUAGCCACUUAAUAGCCUAGACAGACGGCAAAGUUAAUUCGGAUUGACUGCGCUUUUAAUCAGUGACAGACGGCAGCAAAACGAGUUAUAAACACCCAUAACAGCUGAUUGGCAAUAAUAUCUCUAUUUUGGUAAAAUAAAAUUGUAUAGAAAGCAAAUAUUGCGGUUGUUAGCCGCACAAUUAGUACAAAAUUACUAAUUACUAAAAAAAUAUACAUAAGUACGUUAUUAUUAGAACUGUUUUAGAAAAAAUAUGCUAUUUCAUUGCAUGCGAAAUGUUUUUGUUUACAUAUAAUUGAAAAACAGCUGUCAGUAUUGCAUAUUUUCAUUCAAAAUAAGUUAAAAUCGGCCAUGUUUAACAAUGUUGCCAACGAAAAUGCCACGAACUCCCACUAACUCUCAAAAUUUUUGACGAUUAAAUGGGAGUUACCAAACGGAGUUAACUGAGAUAACUCUCGAAUUAACCCCGAUUAAAACAGUUAAUCAGAAUUAACGCCGCCGUCUGUCAGGGGUAUUAGAUGACAGUCAAUAGGUAAUGGAAGAUAUCGUGUCGAGAAGUCCCGUUAAAACUCAUAAGCACUUUACUCUUGUAAUUAACGUAUAAUUUAACCAGUAAUUGACUUAAGUUAAUACGAUUUAUUGCCAGAUAAUACUAUCACAAUCGACGGCUAUAAAUUGAUUGCGUAUUUAUUAUCUGAAUAAACCAGCUUGUGAAGUAGCGACAGCAGGCAUACAUAUAUUGAAUGCUUCAAAAUGCAAUGAAACAAAUUACAAUUUUAUAGAACUUAAGGAAAACUAAAUUUGUAUGAACAAAAGAAUUACUUUUGUAAUUUUCGUUACAAUUGGGUAAAAGCUAAUAUUAUUUAUUUAUGCACACACGUACCUAAAGGCUCGGAAACCCUGGAAAUCUAAAGAGCGCCAAAAAUUUAUGAUCGCGCCUUUGGUCUUGAUAGUUUUCCUAUCAGUUCGUUAUUCUUAUUCGGAAUUUAGAGGGAUAUAUGAAUUUAUAGAUCAAAGAUACAUUGAAUACAAAAUGAACAGCGACUCCAAUAAACAAGAACCGCGUAGUUCUGAACUAAAUCUAGACGAGCAGCAAUACUUGGACCUUAUUCAAAAAAUUAUUGCUAAUGGUGUAAAUCGACCGGAUAGAACUGGCGUUGGUACUCGGUCAAUUUUUGGUGCCCAAAUGCGAUUUGAUCUCCGAAAUAGUUUUCCAUUAUUAACUACAAAGCGAGUAUUCUGGCGAGCGGUCGCUGAAGAAUUGCUGUGGUUUGUUCAUGGUCAAACAGACGCUAAAAUACUUCAAGAAAAAAAUAUCCACAUAUGGGAUGGAAAUAGUAAACGAGAGUUUUUGGACAAAUGUGGGUUUUCCAAUCGCGAAGAAGGUGAUCUAGGUCCAGUUUACGGUUUUCAAUGGCGUCAUUUUGGGGCCAAGUACAGGAAUUGCAAAGACAGUUACAAAGGUGAGGGAGUGGAUCAACUUCAGGAAGUGAUUAACACAAUCAGAAACAAUCCAAAUGAUCGACGUAUUAUAAUGUCUGCGUGGAAUCCUGUCGAUAUACCUCAAAUGGCUCUGCCCCCUUGUCAUUGUCUUGCACAAUUUUUUGUUGCCAAUGGAGAGUUGUCUUGUCAAUUAUACCAACGUAGUGCUGACAUGGGAUUAGGUGUACCAUUCAAUAUUGCAUCAUACGCGUUGCUUACCUAUAUGAUUGCUCACAUUACUGAUCUCCGACCAGGGGACUUCGUCCACACUUUAGGCGAUGCACACGUUUAUAACAAUCAUAUCGAGGCGCUAACAGAACAGCUAACGCGUAAACCUCGUGCGUUUCCUAAAUUAGUUAUUAAGCGUGAGAUGAAAUGCAUUGAAGAUUUUACUUUUACGGACUUUGAACUUAUCAACUACAAUCCAUACCCAAAAAUUUCAAUGGAAAUGGCUGUUUAAUACAUACACACGCUUAAAAGUGUAGAUAUAAAAUUUGUACUGCAAUGAAAUGAAAAAGUACGUCGAUUGCCUCGAUAUAUUGCAACGAUGUCGAAAGAACCCGUUCUCUUCAGUAUGGUUUAAAAUUUUAAUGAUUAACCUUUCGUAGUUUACAAUUAUUUGUCCAUCAAAAAUAGUUUUUUAUUAGAAAAGUUAAAAUUAAUACAUUUUGGACGUGUAACAAGUUUUUAUUCAUUGCUAGUUAAAUCUCUAUACGUAUUUUUUUUUUACUCUAAAGAUAAGUGUUUUUGCUUUUAUCAAAUUUUGCUAAAAGUAGUUUCCUCGAUGGAAUCAUCGCAAUUAGCGGAUUUUAUACCAAUUUAAUAGUACGGUAAAUGUAUAAGAGAAUAACACUUACUUUCUUUGAUAAAAUUCGUACAGUUCCGUGGAAAUAUACAAUAUGCAAUUUAUAAGUGAAUAUGCAUUUAUAAUAUCACACCACAAAAUUUGGUAGUUCUAAAACAUUUCAACUUCCAAGCAUUCCAAUAAAUGUUGAGUUGAUAUGUAAACACUAUUGAAUUACGAAUUAAUUAAAUAAAAGCAGUGAUAUUUCAAUGCAAAGUAUCAGUCUUCGUCUAAAGGUAUUGUACUUUGCCACUCGUUCGGGUUAACAAAAAUAUCGGAUAUAGUCCCACGCAACGUGAAUAUUCCACGAUUAAGUGGCACCGGUCGAGGUUUCUUAUCCACCUCAGCUAACCAUUUUUUCCACGCUUCAGCGGCCAUUUGCCGUCGCUGUUCUUCCAUAGCCCGGCGUCGUUCUUCUUCUUUCUUCUUAAUAUUACGUCGUUGUUCCACCUCUAUUUGUUUAGUGCGUUCCCAAGCCUCCAAUUUAGCUUGUGCUUCUUCCUCAAUAAUUUGAGAUUUUAAGGGUUUUUCAUCCUGUUCGACAUGAGUUUUAAUUAUUUCAUUCGAACGAGUUUGCCGUGAUUUAGAUUUCAACCACUGUUGAAACUUUUCUUCUGAAAGACGUUUUCUCGCCUCUUGUUCCUUACGUUUCUGUUCUUCAGCCUUACGGCGACGCGCAGCUUCAUCGGAAAUAAGUUUUCUAUUAAAACGUUAUUGAAUAAAAAAAA